AAAUCAGGCAUCGCGCGGCAUUUAAGCGUGUUAUCUUUCAAAUCUCCAAAUAAACCAAAAGCUAUGGAUGCAAAAAUUAGCAGCUUCUUUGAUUCCGUUGGCUCCUUCUUCUCCGGCGGUGAUCAGAUCCCCUUGAGCGACCACGACAUUAUCCUCGGCUGCGAGAGAGAAGUUGCAAAAGCUGCUGAGGGUGACUCAGAUGAACUUAAGAAUGAGAGCAUUAUGCGUUUGUCAUGGGCUCUCGUUCACUCUAAACGAUCAGAAGAUGUACAGCGAGGAAUUGCUAUGCUUGAAGCAUCAUUAGCCAAUAUUAGCUCUCCUUUGCAACAGCGGGAGAAGAUCUAUCUUCUAGCAGUUGGAUAUUACAGAAGUGGUGAAUAUUCAAGGAGCCGACAGCUUGUGGAGCAAUGUUUGGAGGUUGCACCUGAUUGGAGGCAAGCUCUGGUCCUCAAGAAGACAAUUGAAGAUCGAAUUGCUAAAGAUGGUGUUAUUGGAAUAGGAAUCACUGCCACUGCUGUUGGACUCGUAGCUGGUGGAAUUGCUGCAGCAUUAUCUCGCAAGAACUGAUAAUCAAUACCAACAAUGUGCAUAUGAACUUCUUCUAUACAAUCUUGCUUUUGUCAUCCCUCAACUCUAUUUAGAGGAUGUUUGAUUUAACUUUUGAAUGCAACUGAUAGCUGAUAGACUUUCAAAUA